AUGAAGUUAAUAUCGGCGUUGGCAUGUUUCGUCGCCUUCGCGGUGCCGGCAUUUGCCGUGGACUUCCUUGAAUCGAACGCACUGAAUCUCUGCAUGGAGAGCAGUAACUUCACGGCCACCUACUUUCACGUUAAAUUCUACCCUAACAACAACUCACUCGAGAUUGGCUUCGAUGGGGUUUCGCAAUUAUCCGGCAAGGUCAUCGCUGACCUGACCUUAACUGCGUAUGGUUACAAGGCCUACUCGAGCACUAUCGACCCGUGCUCGAUCGAGGGCAUGGGAAUGUGUCCUAUGGCUUCGGGGCCUAUUGACUUGCAAAAUGUUGCUCUCAAUCUUCCCGGUGAUACUGCUUCUAGAAUCCCUGGUAUCGCCUAUACUGUUCCUGACUUGGACGCCAAUGUCCGGAUUGUAAUCAAGACAAAGGACACAGAUGACGCUAUUGCUUGUGUAGAGGCCUCUCUCUCAAAUGGAAAGACUGUUUACCAAGCCGGAGUUGGAUGGGCAACAGCAAUCAUUUCGGGCUUAGGUCUGGCGGCAUCCGCCAUUACGUCUGGCCUGGGCUAUUCCAACGCAGCGGCUCACGUGGCUGCGAAUGCUCUUUCGCUUUUCGGAUUCAUGCAGUCCCAGGCCAUCAUUGGAAUGACUUCGGUCCACAUGCCCCCUAUUGUGGAAUCGUGGACACAGGAUUUCCAGUGGAGUAUGGGUAUCAUCCGAGUAGGAUUCUUGCAAACCAUUGCCACCUGGUACCAGCGCGCGACGGGCGGCACACCCUCUACGGUUUUGGACAAGCUAACCAACACUUCUGUCGAAGUCCUUAAGCGUGAGGUCGUGGACCCCGCACUCAUGUUGAUGAAAAGGGCGACUGGUAUGGUUCUGAAGAGAUCUUCCGGCUCUCAGACCUCUGCCCAGUCGCUUAAGGUGGUCCGCGGUAUCGACCGAGUUGGCUUCCGCGCCAACAUGGAAGAAACCAAUAUCUUCCUUACUGGUCUUAUCUUCUAUGUGGUGUUCGUGUGUCUUAUUAUCAUCAUUAUCAGCGUUGUCAAGGUGAUUUCAGACCUUCUGGUUAAGCACGGUCAUAUGAAGACCGAAAAGUUCCAAGAUUUCCGUCGUGGGUGGAAGGUUGUCACUCGUGGCAUUCUCUUCCGAAUGACCCUCAUUGGUUUCCCCCAGAUGGUGAUUCUGUGUCUGUGGGAGUUCACUCAGCGUGAUUCGCCCGCAGAGGUUGUUUUGGCGGUUGUCAUGCUUUUGUCCAUGCUUAUCGCGAUGGGCUGGGCUGCUCAAAAGGUUAUCCGCUUGGCCAAACGUUCCGUUACAAUGCACAAGAACCCGGCCUAUAUUCUCUACUCCGACCCAGCUUGUCUCAACAAAUGGGGCUUCCUUUAUGUCCAAUAUCGCGCCACCGCCUAUUAUUUUGUGGUCCCCUUUUUGGUCUACGUGCUCGUCAAGGGAAUGUUCAUUGGACUUAGCCAGCCGGCUCCGGUGGUCCAGACCAUUGCCCUCGUGGUGAUCGAAGCCUCCAUGUUGGUUGCAGUCUGCGUCCUCCGGCCAUGGAUGGACAAGAAGACCAACGUCUUCAACAUCGCCAUUGCCGUCGUCAACUUCAUCAACGCAAUCUUCCUCCUUGUUUUCUCCAACGUGUUCGACCCACCUGGGCUCAUGAUUGGUGUCAUGGGUGUCGUCUUCUUCGUUUAUAAUGCCGCAUUCUGCCUGGUGCUCAUGAUCCUUGUCAUGAUCGCCUCCGUGUACGCCGUGCUAUCCAAGAACCCAGACGUUCGAUACCAGCCCAUGCGUGAUGAUCGCGGCUCUUUCAUCAAAUCUCAGACCCAGCUCAACACCGAGCUGGAUGCGCUAGGUGUCACCGCACGCGGCGACAAAGCCCAAUUUGACGCCACAUCUGACCCAUUCGAGAGUGAUUCAUCACCCUCAAUCUCCAGCGGCCAUGCCCCAGCCAUGCGCCAAAUCAAUCACGGCGAUGGUCCCCACGCAGUGCCACUCAUGCCUAGCAAUACCGCCUACCACGGCGCUGCCGGAGACUACGAGCAGCAAAGGUCCGUAUCGCCAUUAAACGAAGACGACAUGUCCAGUUUCAGCCGAGGGACAAACAACGCCAGCACGUGGCAACGCGGUGCUGGCUACGAACAUUAG